CGUGUAUCUGGACGACAGCGGUAGGGCUGUUUUAGAUGAGCCAGUUGACCUUUGAGUGGACGAGCUAGCAGCCUCUGUAGCACAACAGUAAAGUGACGACGUGUUGUGUGACCAGCUAGCAAUGGUGCAAGGACGGGGGAGCGUCAUCACACCAGAAAGAAAAGCCUUUGAGUUCGUCUGUCCAACAAAACACGCCUUGUACUCUGCACUGACCAUUAAAAUGGUGUGACAACUGUCAAAAGUCCUGUGUGAUAAAACAUCCUGCAGAGAACUGGAUACAACCUCCACAGAAGAUGGAGGACUCUCCUCACUUGUACAUCUCUGAAUUUGGAGACAAUGAGGAUAUGGAGGAGGGGGAGGAUGAGGACAUUUGCGAAGAGGAAACUAACACGGAACCUGACAUGAUUAAGUCACUGUACCCAGAGCUUCAUAAACACCCCGAUCAAGAUACCGAGAGAGACUGGAACUCUUUUCCCUGCCAGCACUGUGAAAGACAUUUUACCAGCAAACAAGGCUUGGAACGACACAUGCAUAUCCACUCUUUGGAGAACAGCGAGACACACGCAUACAAAAGCAAUAAGACCGACGUGUCUUUCGGUUCAAAUCUGGGUCAGUCGCAGCAUGAGAAGACGAAGCCACUGGAUUCAGAGGGCUCAGUGAUGCAGCUUCAUACUCCAUCGCCCACUAGCUCCAAUACUCUCAUUUUGUCGGCUGGAGACCACACAGCUCAGCCAGACAAACAGGGAGCAUCAGACGACCAUCAUGGUUGCAAAUACUGUGAAAAGAUAUUCACUACACAUACCAACAAGCGUCGGCAUGAGCGCAGGAUCCACGAGCAGCACCUGCAACUCACACGUGUAGAAAAUACCCAGCUGCCCCAGGAGGAAAAUCCUCAGAGUAUACUCAGUGAAAUAUCUCAACACCAAACAGAGGUUGGUGACAGUACAGCGCCUGCAGCUCUUCCGGAGAAUGAGGGGCAACACGCAGAACAAUACAUGCUAGAUGUGUCUAGCAAUAUUUCAGAGAAUCUCAGCUUUUACAUUGAUGGAAAGAUAGUGUCGACAAGUACAGUCAGUAGCUGUGAAGCAGCCGAGGUUCAUUCAGGGUCUUCGACUUUAAUUAGACUGGAUUCCUUGAUUCUAGACCCCACCCAGAUCAGCCAGGUUUUAAAUACAGACUCAGUUACAGGCAAAGAGAUACCUGGACAACCAUUAGCCAAGAGAAGAACUGCGACACCACCUCUUUUGCCACAAAUUAAAACUGAGCUGGAGUCCGAGGUGGUUGUGUCUUCAUCCUCAUCAUCACUUGUAUCUUCUUUAAUAGAGAAUCUACUUCCUCAGAAUACAGAGUCUACCAUUGUGCAGAAGGAAAGAACAGUGUUUCUGUCACCGAAGCUUAAGCAGCUCCUGGAGAAGCAGGAUGGCCUUAAACCUACACUUGCCCUCAUCGCAGAUGGUCAGAAGCCUUGUUCACCCGUCUCUCUCUCUGUCCUGCCUGCUGGAACAGGGAGGUUUAAAAGAAGGACUGGAUCUCCAACGAGCUCCCCGCAGCAAAACCCAACAUCUAACGAGGAAACACCGACGCUAGAUACAGCAGAUUGUGAUGCUGUAAACACAGGACAGAUGGAGACUCAGCAUAACUGCUCGCCUGUGCACCAGACAGCCAAUGAGAAGGAUGACACAGCUCCAUCUGGAGAGGAUGCAGCAGUAAAACCUAUCUUGACAGAGAGCUGGCCCCCCAUGACCGGCGGUAAUUCCUGUAACCAGCAACCACUGGAUCUCUCGAAUACAGUCAAAAGAAAUGAAGAUGUAGCUUUUGGUAAUGCAGCGCUGGAUCUGAGUUUGCAAAAAAAGAUCCUAGGUGAAUCUGAGCUGACACUAAACUUAGUUUCACAGGCAGUUUUGAAAGAAGGGAAAUCAAAUGCAUGCACGGUGGAGAACGCCUUAAUGAAUAUUGGAGAGCAAAAUCUAAGCCUCAGUAAUCCCGAGACCUCUUUAAUCACCGACUUCACCAUAGUUACAGGUCCAGAUAUAAUUACCCCAGUGGAACCUGUUGCAGAAGGACUUGUUUAUGGACUUGCCCUUCCCCCCAGUUCUCUGGCUCCAUCGUCGGCCUCCCUUACCCCUGUUGCCUUGCAGCCAGCUUCACCAUGCACUAUAGCAUUUGCUUCCCCAGCCUCACACGCAAUGCUCCCCACUACUUCUUCAUUAAUCACAGUUUUGGCUUCAUCACCUAUUUCUAACCCUUCAAGCCGGCCAAUCCAGGUAUUGGCCCCAAACAUAUCUCCUGAGCCCUUGGUAAUCUGCACAGAAAAUGCAUUAAAUUCUUCAGAGUGCGAUUUGACUACUGCAUUUGCCACUACAAAUUCUGCAAACCUCGUCACUCUCUCCCAAUCUCUUGACCCGACUCUAAACAUACCUGGCCACGUGUUUCUCACUGAUCAAAUAUCUCUCAACCCGUCUAUGGUGGAGUCCACUCCUGUGUCAGAAGUGCCAUUCACACCCACUGUAACUUUAAAUGAUUCCCUCAUCAACUCUUACAACAUUACCAGCAACACAGUGUUGAUAGAGUGCACAAUAGCUCUCGAAGCCCCGGGGAGUGUAGUCCCUGCUGCAAUAACCUUACAAGAAAACACAGCUGAGCCUCCAGCACCUUCACAGAUGGUUGUUAAUCACAUAGAACAGCAGCAGAUUGUAUCGGUGCCCAACCCUCAAACUGUGGACCCCACUGUUCUUGUGUCCUCCAUUGCAGAGUCAGUAACUCUGUCCAGCACCACUUCAGUGAUCUCUGAUGGUCCUGCUGUGGCUGAAUCAAGUCCUGAUCCAGAGCCUGCUGUUGACGCAGAGCCACCAACCAUAAAAGAGGAGGAAGCUGCUGACAGUACUGAUUCCAUGCCCGAAAUCCCAUCUAAAACCUCACCUUCAUCUGAGAAGGCUGAAGAGGACAAAUCCUCCAACGUCACACCAAGUGAUGCACAACAACAGACUUUCACCAAAAAUUUCAUCUGCAAUGUGUGUGAUAAGCUUUUCCAUUCAAUGAAAGAACUAGGUGACCAUGUAGGCGACCAUGCUGAUGAGUGGCCCUACAAAUGUGAGUUCUGCCUACUGCUCUUUGGCAAACCCUCCGCUUUGCUCGACCAUAGAUCAAGCCUCCACGGUGUCGGCAAGACUUACGUUUGCAGUGCAUGUACAAAAGAAUUUGUCUACCUUUGCAAUCUGAAGCAGCAUCAGGAAGAAUUGCAUCCCGGCCAGCAAUGCACAUACACAGAAGAAGAAAAGGGAAAAUUGAGACCUCAGAACUACAACAACUCAACAAAGGUAAAUACAGAGGCUUCGGUGCCCGAUGCUCCAGAGGAACCUGAGAAACUUGUGAAAAAGGAAGAAGGUGAAGUAGAUGUGGCUGCUGAAGAACUGUUUACAACAAUAAAAAUCAUGGCUUCAGAUGGAGGCAAAAUGAAAGGACCUGAUGUUCGUCUUGGCAUUAAUCAACAUUAUCCCAGUUUUAAGCCCCCACCAUUUCCUUACCAUAACAGAUCACCCGCUGGAUCAGUGGCUUCAGCCACAAACUUCACCACCCACAACAUCCCACAAACCUUUAGUACGGCUAUUCGGUGCACUAAGUGUGGGAAAAGCUUUGAUAACAUGCCCGAGCUGCACAAGCAUAUCCUGGCGUGUGCGAAUGCCAGUGAUAAAAGGCGAUACACACCCAAAAAGAAUCCCAUCCCACUACGCCAUUUUGCAAAAACUCAAAAUGGUGUUCUGUCCACCACCAAUUCUACUAACGGACUAAAUGCUUCGAACAGACCGAGCCAGUCAAACAGGUCGAAACCUAACCAAGAAUCACCAGUAAAGGUGAAGUUCAAGGUACUGAAGAAAAGGAAGAAGAAGUUGGUUCAAAGGAUCAUGCCACAGAGGAACAAGUCAAUCCCUUCAAAUAAAAUUUCGCCUGCACAAGUCGAUGCGCAGCAGGAGAUCUUUGUCUGCCCACACUGCAACAGGGAGUUCACAAUGCGUCGCAGCAGAACCAAACACAUGGCAGUGUGCCCCAAGAAACCUAAAGAGGUGAAGAAAAGGAAAGAGGGAGGAAUCUCCGUGACAAAGGAAAAUGAUGGACACCUGCACCGAGGGGUUGAAGAGAAACAACAAUCCUCGCCUCAGCAUAAAACGAGACUGCAGACUUCUGGGCCUGCUAAGAGGCCCGCCAUCCUACCAGUGCAAACAGUCUUUUCAAACAAAAGAAGUAAAAUAAUUAUAAAAGAGAGCAUGCAGCCAAAACAAGAGGCACCCACUCUGAAUGAACCUCCCAUUGUUCGCACGUUCAACCCCUCCAUGCGUCAGUACAGCAGAGUGCAGCAUAGCGUCAAAGGGAUCCCCAUUAAAAUCACCAUAGUGAAACCACAACAGACUGCACCACCGAAGGAUGAGCGGCCUCCCACCCAGAGCCGAGAGGAAGCAUCCGGAGCCGUUACCAGCAGCUCCAAGCAGAGUCCUACGGCUUGAAGAUUACCCAGCAGCCCACUGCGGAUCGCCAGGACCCUGCUGUGUGGAACAUACUUGUGUCAUACUGAUACUGAAGGGAGACGACUGAAUCACACUGUAAAGCCCAUGAACUCAUAGAUGGCAUCACACUGUACGAUAAACGACUUAAGAUACUGCAGUGAGUGAAUGUGCUCAACUGAGUAUUUUGAAUGCUUUUGUAGUAGCUUGAAGUUUUGUAAAUUUCUCCAUUUGGUAAACUUUCUGUCAACUGCUUGGAUUUGCACUUUGAAGUUAAUCUGACUGCUACAUGUCACAAAUUGGAAAGGAAGUGGGAGGAAUUGAGCAGGAAGGCUGCUCUCAUCUCAUACUUGGUGGGUUAUUUAGAGAGGAUGGCAGGUGGCAAUCAUUUUCAGCAUGCAUUUGCACUUUUCCUUAUCUGUUGUCUGUGGCCUUUUUUGGUUUAAACUCGUACUGCAUGCUGUGAGCUCGUACAACAGCGACAUUAAUUUUGGAUGGAUUAUGUUGAUGCAGUUAGGCCUUAAACACUGAAUCUGAUGUUGCUCUGUUGGUCUGAUUGACAAUAACCAGUGUAAUUACAUGGAAGACGCAUUAGCUUCUAAACGCAAGAUUACAGAAUCAUAGAGAAGUAACACUAUAGUAUAGUAUAGUAUAACUUACAAAUUAUGAAGGGUAUCAGCACUGUUGAUCACCUUUAGGGAAGUCAGUGUUUUCAUUAUUGGUGUGAAUGUAACAUUGGUAGAUUUAAUGCUACAGCCUUUGCAAAUCCAAAUUGUAUAUAAUCUGGUUGCCCUGGUUUCUAUGUAUUUGUAUGAAGGUUUUGAGAAUAAUGAUAUUUAUGUGCCAUCAAAUGUAUAUAACUGAAUGUGGCAUAAAGACAAUGAAGAAUAAACAUAGUUUGGUGUUUUCCCACUUAUGGAAUU